AUGACGGAGAACAACGACGGGGCCACUUCUGGCCCCAGACACUGGAGAAAUGUGGGCAAUGAUUGCUGGGCUUGUGUCGUGCGGAAUAGGUUUCAAUCUCUGAGUUUGCUGGGUGUCCUCCUGGGUAUUGUCCUCGGCUUUAUUCUCAAGUUUUUUGCAUCCCUGACUAAAACCCAACAAGUAUACAUUGGCUUUCCUGGGGAGUUACUCAUGCAGAUGCUUCAGAUGGUUACAAUUCCUCUCAUUGUGACAAGCGUGAUAACAGGUGUGAGUGGUCUGAGCAUCAAGUCCUCCAAAAGGAUCACUAUGCGUGCAGCCACGUACAUCGUCUCAACCACACUUGUGGCUGUGACUAUAGGAAUGAUCCUGGUGUUCCUGAUUAAGCCAGGAGUUGCUUAUGCUAUAACAAGUGAAGAUGAUAAUGAAGAGGAGUCCUUCUCCACUGUGGAUACAUUGAUGGAUCUUGUAAGGAACAUGAUUCCAGUGAACUUGAUUAAGGCUUGCUUUGAGCAGUACAAAACCGAGAGGGUGGUAGUUGAAGUUGAGGAAGAUGACCCCGAUACUGGUCUGCCAAUGAAUGUUACAGAAGUGCGAUGGGUAGAUGAUUAUGUUUCUGGAACCAACAUGGUGGGCCUAAUUGUCUGGGCUUUCAUUUCUGGCAUCUUGCUUGCAAAGAUUGGAAAAGAAGGAGAAACAUUUGUGGAGUUCCUUAAACUCAUCAACGAGGCAGUGAAGAUUAUGGUUAUCUGUAUCCUGUGGUAUUUGCCUGUCGGAGUGCUCUUCAUGAUCACAAGCCAUGUGGUUGAGGUUCGUGACUGGGAAUCCAUCCUUAAACUAGGAAAGUUUGCAGUUCUGAUUCUUCUUGGGCAUGCAUUCCAUGGAUUAGUCCUUCUCCCGCUGAUCUAUUUCUUGUUUGUGCGACGUAACCCCUUUGCUGUCAUGAAGCGGGUCUUCCAUGCCUUACUGACCGCAGUUCUCAUCUCAUCCAGCUCUGCCACUCUGCCAAUCACCUUUCGUUGCUGUGAGGAGAAACUGAAGUUUGACAGAAGAGUCACUCGUCUCAUGCUGCCCAUUGCGACCAACGUCAACAUGAAUGGAACCGCCCUUUAUGAAGCUUGUGCAGCUGUUUUCAUCGCCCAGCUUAACAAUAUCAAUCUGGAGUCCAGUCAGAUAAUAGCCAUCUGUGCGACUGCAGUCGUCUCCACCUUAGGAGCAGCAGGGAUCCCAGCUACAGGAGCUGUGACCACGCUCUUUAUUUUGACAGCGGUUGGUCUCCCUGCGAGAGAUGCCUCCCUUCUGGUAGUUUUGGAAUGGCUUCUGGACCGCUGCAACACUGUCAUGAAUGUCUGGGGAGACUGCAUCGGCGUGGCCCUCAUUCACCACUUGUCACAGAAAGAGCUGGUUCAUAAAGAACUGGAAAUGACAAGGGUAAACGACUGGAACGAGUCUAAGGACAGGGAGAGAACGGUUAGUGGCCCGACAGGAGACAGAAGCAAAAGCAAAAGUCAGAAUACGGAAACCACUAACCGUUACUCUGUCAGGAGGGGGUUCAGAGGAGCUGAGAUGUUCCAGCACGGUGGGAUCGUUGCAGGGGGGAUGGUCCUGGUGAGAGGAGACAGCCAGCUGCAGUGA